GGCGCCGCCGCAGUGCGCAGGGCAGGGCUGGUGCUCGCUGCCCCCGCUUCCCGGGAGGGGCGCGUUCUGUUGCUGGCGCGGUUUCCCAGCGCGGUGUCCGCCCCUCAGCCGUCUCCUCCUCGCUCCCGCCCAUCAUCGGCUGCAGCCCCCGGCCCCGCCAUGGGGAAUAUGCCCUCCGCCGUGAAGCACUGCCUCAGCUACCAACAGCUUCUCCGAGAGCAUCUCUGGAUCGGGGACUCGGUGGCAGGGGCACUCCACCCCACGCAGGAAUCAUCCCAGUUAUCUGGACUCCCUGGGUAUGUUAAAAUAGUAGAAGUUGGACCAAGGGAUGGAUUACAGAAUGAAAAGAUUAUAGUUCCUACAGAUAUAAAAAUUGAAUUUAUCAAUAAACUUUCCCAAACUGGCUUGUCUGUAAUAGAAGUGACCAGCUUUGUGUCCUCCAGAUGGGUACCACAGAUGGCUGAUCAUACUGAAGUGAUGAAAGGCAUUCAUCGAUAUCCAGGAGUUCGAUAUCCUGUCCUUACUCCUAAUCUUCAGGGUUUUCACCGUGCUGUUGCUGCUGGCGCCACUGAGAUAUCAGUGUUUGGUGCUGCAUCCGAAUCCUUUAGCAAGAAGAAUAUUAACUGUUCCAUCGAAGAAAGCAUGGAGAAGUUUGAGGAGGUCAUUAAAUCUGCAAGGCACAUGGGUAUUCCAGUACGAGGGUAUGUGUCUUGUGCCCUGGGCUGCCCCUAUGAAGGAAACAUCAAGCCGCAAAAAGUGACAGAAGUGUCUAAGAGGUUAUAUAGCAUGGGCUGUUAUGAGAUCUCUUUGGGAGACACAAUUGGAGUGGGAACUCCAGGAAGCAUGAAAAGAAUGUUGGAAAGUGUCAUGAAAGAAAUCCCACCAGGUGCACUUGCUGUUCACUGUCAUGACACGUACGGACAAGCCUUAGCAAAUAUCCUUACAGCCCUUCAGAUGGGAAUUAAUGUGGUGGACUCUGCAGUAUCUGGAUUAGGUGGUUGCCCUUAUGCAAAAGGUGCUUCUGGGAAUGUUGCCACUGAGGAUUUGAUCUAUAUGCUUAAUGGCCUGGGGCUCAAUACGGGAGUGAAUCUUUACAAGGUGAUGGAAGCUGGUGACUUUAUUUGCAGAGCUGUGAAUAAAACCACAAACUCAAAAGUAGCACAAGCCUCCUUCAGUGUUUGACUUGAAUGAAUUUGUGACUUAAGGUUGAGAAGAUCCAUUUCAACUGCAUAGAUUCAUCUGAAAGCCUUUACUGUCAACUUGUUCUGAAAUGUGAAGUAAUAGACAAGAGUGGAAAAAAGAAAUACUUUUUAAAAAGCAUAUAGCUGUAUAGAUUAUGAAGUCAGAGGAAAACACUACCAGUCAUCAGGUAAAUUGCUAGCUGAGGAUAAAUAAUAAAACUUGUAGACAUGCUUUUGAAUUUGGAAAAAAGUCUACUUUUUUGCUCUUAGAGAAAUAACUUUUCAAUUUAGUAGAUGUGAAAAUUGACUUCAGAUUUCCCUAAGUAUCAAAUGCCGUGUUAAUACUUAAUCAAGCUGGCUUAGCACAGUGCACAUACUGUCAGUAGUUUAUGAGCUCCUGCAUAGUGUGCGGAGUGUGGGGCCUCGAUAGUAUGCGUUAUGCCUCUGGAUCUCAACUUUCCACUUGCCAAGUCAGUUAAGUUAUGGACCAAGAGCCAAAUCUCCAUCUGACCCUACAUAAUUUUUAGCAAUAGAACUUUUUAUAUUUUGAGUAUGGCUAACAUCUGUUAACUGUUUCAAAGACUUUAUCUUGUUCCAAGAGGCUGUGGUCAAUGGCAAUGUGCCAUACCCUGAAAACAUGCUACAACCUCCCAUGUUUGUUACAUGUAUCCCGUUUACCAUACUUUCAUCAGUUACAGUUAAAAAACCAGUAUGGUGUUACUCAACUAUUGAGAAAUAUAUGAUUUGCAUCCUGAUAUCUAAAUUGCAGUAAUGAGAAUAGAUGGACACAUGUGCCAUGUUCCACUUUUAUAAUUUGCAGAUCACUUCCAAAUUGCCUAAGGAAAUAUCAUUAUGAUCCUAGGAAUAUUAAGAUAAUUUUUAAUUAAUGAAAUAAGGUAUUUUCCAUUGAUUCAAAGUACUUUGAUUCAACCACUCCAUUUUUUUCCUUUGGUUGACUUUUUCCCAUCUACUUUGAAAGUCAAAGUGUCUGAAAUUGUAUCUGUUAUACUGGGAAGUGUUGCCAGAAAUAGCAAAAAUUAAUAUAUCAGAGAUUGAGAAGAGGGGCAAGAGGACUGUGUUAAGGAAAAUAUUUCUGUAACCUAUGCAAAUCAUGUAAGGACAGUGUUAUUACAUGUGGGUAUGAAAUGUCAGUUCUAUUAUUUAUGUAGACUUCUCCAACAAUACUGAGUGAUUUUAUCUUUGAAUAAAUUUGCAUAUAACUUGAAAUAUGAAAGUGAGCAUUGUGGACUUUCUAUUAAAUAUUCAUUAAUCCCACUGAAGUAAAAAGGAAUUCAAGAAA